AUGUAUCUGUGCAACCAAUCUUCGUUGCCAGUUAAUUCCAAUCCCGGAAUGGUAUUUCCACCACUACCAAAUCUAUCGGCAGAGACUCAGAUGGCCAAAUUUUCAGCUAGAUUUGUAGUUGAAAUGAUGAAUUUCAAACGUAUAUUGGACAAACGAGAACUGCCUGUGGAAAAAGCUGCAUCCAGAGAAAAAGGACAACCGUUAUGCAUGGCACAGUAUUAUAGACUAAUGAAAUCAUAUAGGGAACCAGGAUUAGUUAAGGAUCGACUCGUCGACUUCGAAUCUGAUUUGACAUUAUCAAGACCUCACAUUAUAGUUGCUUGCAAGUCACAGUUUUAUGUGUUGCGAUUAACUUCGGGCGAAGAUGCAACUCCCAUAACUGAAGAAGAAAUUGUGACAAAACUACUGAACAUUAUAAUGGACGCUAAAAAAACCGCUGGCACUGCGGGUACAUAUUCAGUGGGCAUUUUAACAUCGCAAAAAAGGGACGACUGGGCGCAUAGCAGGGAGCUGUUGAUGAAAAGUGCUUCUAAUCGCAAUAAUUUGGCAUUGAUUGAGCGUUGUUUAUUUUUCAUAAAUUACGAUUUGGAACCACUUGGUCUGGAAUUUAAUUCCACGUGUAAAGUAGGUGCAAAAGGCUAUAGACUAUCGAAUGACAGAGACGAGACAAACAUGAUGCAUCAAAUGAUCCACGGUGGAGGUAGUGAGUACAGUUCUGGCAACCGCUGGUUUGACAAGACUAUACAAUUGGUCAUUGGAAGAGACGGUGCAAAUGGAUUAUGUUACGAACAUUCACCGUCUGAAGGAAUUGCAGUUAUUGAAUUAAUGGAAAAAUUGAUUAAAAGUACCAAAGACUUGAACGAACAAUCAAUAGAUAUAAUGACAUCAACAGAAAAACCAGAAAAACUCAUAUGGAGUGUUAAUAAUGAACUCAUAAAACACAUAGCUGAUGCUUCUACUGUUUUGGACAAACUAGUCAAAGAUUUAAACUUCCAUGUAUUCCGAUUCACUCAAUACGGAAAAGAAUUCAUAAAAUCUUGUAAGAUCAGUCCAGAUGUCUACAUACAACUUGCAAUGCAAUUAGCAUAUCAUAAGCUGCACGGUAAACUGGUGGCUACGUAUGAGAGCGCCUCCACCAGACGUUUCCGAUUGGGUAGAGUGGAUUGUAUACGGGCGGCGACUGUGGAAGCACUGGAAUGGGCCAAGGCAAUGAAUCAGUCUGCCGUCACCGAAACUGGCAUAUUAGGCACAAAGAAGAUAUACUAUACAGUGACUGAUAACGAAAAACUUCAACUUUUCGAAACUGCAGUAAAAAAACAAACUGACAUCAUGAUAGACAAUAUUCUCGGUAUGGGGAUAGACUCUCACUUAUUAGGAUUGAGACAAGCAGCAAGAGAGAAUGCCAUAUCGUGUCCAGUAUUUGAAGACGAUUCAUUUAGAAUUGCCAAUCAUUUUUCAUUAUCAACAAGUCAACUAUUAACUUCGACGGACAGUUUCAUGGGCUAUGGACCAGUUGUGCCGGAUGGCUAUGGCGUUUCCUAUAAUCCCCAAAGCAAUUCUUUGAUAUUCUGUAUAUCUUCGUUCAAAUCAUCUAAAACCACAAACAACAAUGCUUUUACUGUAGCUCUAGAACAGAGUUUGAUGACAAUGCAGAAAAUGAUAUACAUGAAAAGAAAUUAA